AUGGAGCGAUCGAGCUAUUCUCGAAAUGAUACACAAGACCACCAUAAGGAAACUGUACCUGAUGGUUCAAAGGUUUCUAUGGACAUCGGACAAGUCAGUUUGGUCUCAAUGAUCAGCGUUGUAUAUGGCAUGCUGCUGACACAAUUAAUAGUNGCACUCUUCGUCGCCAUUGGUUCUGGUGUAACUUCUGAUCCUUUAUGCCUCCUAUGUGCCUUCGUGUUCUGGGCUACCGUUGUCUUCUCUGUCGCUCAAUGCCAGACAGAAAUGUUCACCUUGUUUCCGCUUGAUGGAUCCUACAUUCGCUUGGCUGGGCGCAUGGUUGAUCCAGCUCUUGGAGUGACCGCAGGCUGGAAUCUCUUCUUCGCCCAAACAUCCUACGUGAUCUUCGAGGCGACUAUCAUCAAUACUCUCGUCUCCUACUGGGGUUAUGGUCAGUCCCCAGCCAUACUCAUAUCUGUCUCUCUGCUUUUCUAUCUGGCCCUCAACAUGUAUAGAGCCGAUCUCUUUGGAGAAGCAGAGUUCUGGCUGGCCCUCGGGAAGAUUCUGUUGGCUACUGGACUCAUCCUUUAUACGUUUAUCGUCAUGCUUGGCGGUAAUCCACUACACGAUACUCUGACCAACGGCUCGGACACCUAUGCUGGAUCUUCACCAUACGUGAUCAGUAUGCAGAGACUGAAGACCUCAGUAUUGCCAUCGAUCGUCAACGCAGCAUUGAUUACAUGUAUAGUCUCUGCUGGCAACGCAUACACAUUCAAUGCUUCAAGGAGUCUGCACGCUCUAUCGCUCGACGGUUAA